AUGGCUUUCAAUCCCCUGGCUAUUAUUCUCAAAGAAAACAAACUUGUUGGACCUAAUUAUAUUAAUUGGAAAAGGAACUUGGACAUUGUACUGACUGCAGAGGAGUACAAGUAUGUGCUCGUAGAGAUAUGUCCACAGAAACUCGAUGAAGGGGCGACCGAUGAGGAAACCCAGGCUUAUUGGAAGUGGAUUAAGGCUGAUGAGGUGGUGCGGUGUUACAUUUUGGCAUCUAUGUCAAAUGUUCUACAACAUCAACAUCAGUCUAUGCCUUCUUUCUAUGAUAUAAUGCAUAACCUCAAAGAAAUGUUUGGGGAUCAAAAUCGUGCUGCUAGGCAAACUGCUAUGAAGGAACUUAUGAAUAUCACUAUGGCAAAAGGGACCCCAGUAAAGGAUUAUGUUUUGAAGAUGAUUGGUCUUCUUAAUGAGCUAUAG